CUAACACAUAUGUUGAUCAACAAAACACACACACUGUUUUAUAUUUCUCCAUAUCGGUAUUGUUUAAAAACAUUCGAUCGAUUGAAUCAUCAUGUCCGAAGAAUGGAAAACACUUUCAUUAACAUUGGUAGUUUAUCCAAAAGGUGAUUUGUAUGGAAAUUUUCUAGCCUUUGUAUCAUUACUACCAUUUGCCAUUAUUAUUGCAUUUUUUACAUUGACCAUUUUUGUCCGUGACAUUCAUGUGAUUUUAUUCUUUAUUGGGCAACUAAUUAAUGAAGCAAUCAAUUAUUUACUCAAAAAUCAUGUACAAGCCGAUAGACCAGCGAAUAAAUUUCGUGAUCAAUUUACUUCAUCGGGAUCAUCAUCAUCAUCAUCAUAUGGAUGGCCAUCAAGUCAUUGUCAAUUUAUGGCAUUCUUUGUUACUUAUUCAUCAUUUUGUGUUUGUUUUCGUCUUAGCCGUUUGAAACCAUAUUGGUUCUGUUUUAUGCUCAUUUGUAUUGAUCUGAUUAGCUUUGCAUUUGUAUUCCAUUCAAGAACAUAUCUAUUAUAUCAUCAUGUACAUCAAUGUAUUCAUGGUGCAAUGAUUGGCACUAUUAUGGCCAUCAUUUGGUAUGCUUUGGUGCAAUUUAUUUUCGAACCAAUCAUUCAUCAUUAUGUGAUAAAUAGCUCAAUUAAUCAAUUUUUUGGAUUAUGUUCGAUUUAUUUACCUUUGGAUGAUGGCCAACAAAAACAUUAUAAAUAUCGUUGAAUUUUCUAUAUCCACAAAGGGAGAGAUGUGUAUACAACUCUAUACUAUUAUAUAGUUGAAUUCCAAAUUUGUAUUUACGAUAAAAAAAAAGAAUUUUGUUAAUUAAAAUGAAUAUAUAAAUUUUUUUUUUCAUUAAAAAUUAUUCAUACUUUAAUA